ACGAUCGCACGCCGACAGAGGGCGCCGUUCAGCCGCACGCCGAUCCGCGCCUGUGACGGAUCUCCCAGGGUUCGGAGAAAGAUGGUGAAAUUUGGACUUCAGUUUAAGGCGACGCUGGAAAACAUCACCAACGUCCGACCAGAAGGGGAGGACUUCCGCUGGUAUUUAAAGCUUAAAUGUGGAAAUUGCGGAGAAAUUUCAGACAAAUGGCAGUAUAUCACAUUAAUGGACAGCAUGCCGCUGAAGGGAGGAAGAGGGAGUGCCAGUAUGGUGCAGAAGUGUAAACUGUGUUCCCGGGAUAACUCUAUUGGUAUGGGACACUUUGCUAUCUCACAAUGCCCUCUGCUGAAUCAAACCACCUCUACUGUGAUUAAAAAUACCCAGACUCAUGAUAUCCUGAAAGAUACCAUCACUUCAUAUAAUGCAGAAGACAGUGACAGGUUUAAGACCAUGGUGCAGUUUGAAUGUCGAGGUCUGGAACCGGUCGAUUUUCAGCCUCAGGCUGGGUUUAGUGCACAAGGUGCAGAGUCUGGGACUCCGUUCCCUGAAAUCAACCUGCUGGAACGAGACUGGAAUGACUACGAUGAGAAGAUCAGCGAGUCUGUGGGCAUCUAUGAAGUCACCCAUAAGUUUGUCAAGUGCUGAUUCUGUAUUUGCAGCUGGAUAAUUCAAGACCCAGCUGUCUGCAACUGACCCCCCUCCCCCCCUUUGUCCUUUGGUGACAGGAUGAGCCACCAGACCUAUAUGAUUUGGUUCAAUGCAGGGUGAUCCUGUCCAGCUUCGGUCCAUCUUUAACAGAACUUGUGGGUGACAGAGUAAGCAGACACUCUCUGACGGGGAUGGCGCCAUCUUGUGGCUGGAGAUUCACAGCUGUUUAAAUCCCUCAAUAAAAUUAAAGGUUAAAAAUGC